UUAGACCAAGCCCUUGAAAAUCUUAUUGAAACUGCUAAAACUCCUGAUGGUCGUUUGAAUCUUGCUUCAGUCAAGAUCCUACCUAUAAUUCUUGACCUCAUCAAAUGUCAAAUGUCCUCUUCAAAUCAUGUUCUUGUUACGUUGUCGUUAAAACUUCUUAGAAACCUUUGUGCGGGAGAAAUAUUGAAUCAGAAUUGCUUCAUAGAGGAAGAUGGAGUCGAUGUCGUCGCUAGGGCAUUUGAUUCAAUUAGUUUUGAUACAAACUUCGGUGAUGAGAUUAUCGAGAUUAUCCGAUUUGGGUUGGAGCUUCUAGGCAAUGUAUGUGGAGCUGGGGAGGAACAUCAGGCUGCUGUUUGGUUUCGACUCUUUCCUGUUUUAUUUAAAGAUAUUGCUAGAGUUCGAGUGAAGAAAAUUUCUGAUGUCUUAAGUAUGGUUUUAUAUUCUUGCUGCAACGGAAGUAAUGAAAUAAUGAGGCAGCUUUGUGAGGUUCAAGGGUUACAGAUCGUAGCGGAA